CAUGAAUUCAGAUUUAAAGAAAAGCUCUGAUGCAAACUAUGUUGUUCUUUUUAUUCAAAUGCAAUCAAGCUCAAAUAUAUCUGAAGAUUCUGUUGAUAUCGUCUAUUCCCUUGGUAAUUUAGAAACCAUAUCAACAAUAAGAGGAUCUAUAGUUACCUUAACAGAUUUACUUAAAAGGAUAACUAAUAAUUCACCAGUAUGUUUAUCGUUGAAAAAACAUGACGAUCCACCGGAGGAUUUAACGAUCACAUGCUCUAAAUACGAUACAAACUUUCUUAUUAUUGGACAAAUGGAUUCUACAUUCUCUGUAGCUAAGGAAAAGUAUGAAAAUUUUGAAAAUUUUUUAAAAUUUGUCUAUGGAUCUGUUAAUGAAGCAUUUCAGGAGAAGAAUUUUAAACAUUUAAACAAUUAUUUAAUGAAUAUCAUUGAUUGUCGAGAUUUCUUUAUAAAAGGUAUAAGUUUAACUGAUCUGCUACGUUUGGAAAUUGAUGAUAUUGCAACGUCUAUAGAAUCUGAAGUAUCUGUGAUAGGGUUGUUAAUAUUUUACGAAGACUCUCUUGUUUUGAAUCAUGUUGAAAGUAGUAUUUUACACGAUCUUAAUUUAGUUAGAAUAUCGAUAAAUCCUCCAAAAUAUGGAAUAACAGGUGUUACUUGUAAAGAAGGAUGGGUUAUGAUGAUAAGAUGGGAAUUAAUAACAAUACAACUAAUCCUCGACGAAGCUCCUAUGUCAAGUUUGGCUAGGAAAUUACGAAAUUUAGCAGAAAGAUACGAAGGUUUUUCACAAGAAUUACAACAAUUAAAGAAUACUAACAUCUGCACAGUUGAAAAACCAGAACAUUUUGUUAAAGGCAGAAAAUCUAAGGAACUUUAUGAUUACAAUCAAAUCAACGAUCCUAAAUACGCUCCAAAGAUAAAAGUAACAAGUGGUUGCGACAAUACAUUAAUAUUUUAUACCAUAUUUAGUAAUGGUAGAAAGGGUAUUAAAAUUCAACCAGAAGUUUUAAACGGCACUAACUCUGCAUGGUUCAUAGAAUAUGAAGAAAAAUUGAAUUAUAUCCUGGAUCUAUUGGAGAAUGAUGAACUUUGUACCGAAUAUAGAAUUCUUUUUACAAUUAACGAUAUCAAAUUCUGGAUUUCCGGUUGUCGUAUAGUUAAUGACUUUUUUUUUACUUGCGUCCAAGACUCAUCUGUUCAAAAUUCACCUGAAUUGUGCUUUAAGCUACUUAGUUCAAGAGUUUAA